ACAUUUUUACAUCGAAAGCCGAAAAUUCAACUGGAAGAGAGCGGUCCAAGUAAAUUCAGAUUUCUAUUUAAAAUCAAUAAAUGCUACGUUUAUUGUUAUUAACAACUGUAACAAGUUGUAUUAAAGCCAAUUACUGCACAGCAGCUAUCUCAAUGGCAUUAAAAAGCGUUGAUUUUGAAGUAUUUGGUAGAGUACAAGGUGUAUUCUUUAGAAAGUAUACGAAAGAACAAGCUCAAAAGUUGGGUUUAAAGGGAUGGUGUAUGAAUACUUCUCAUGGCACUGUUCAGGGACAAGUGCAGGGUCCGGCCGAUAAAGUGGAAUCCAUGAUGCACUGGUUAAAAACUACUGGGAGUCCGAGCAGCAAGAUUGACAAAGCGGAGUUCAGAAAUGAAAAGGAAAUAUCCGAAUAUACUUUCCAAAGCUUCGAUAUACGGCGGGAUGAUUAGUACUACCUGAUUUAUUUUAUCUCAUUAUUGCUCCGUACAUUGAAGGGAGGGCGGGGGAACGAAGGAGGCAUGACCCCAUCCCUCCUCAAUCGUACUCGUCACAUCCAAAA